AUGGCUGCUGCGGUGACCGUGGUGGAAGCUGAACUUUCUGGGAACGAUGCAUCUCCUGCCGCCUUCUCCGGUGUCGUGGACCCGGGUUGGGACCAGUCACAGCUUCGGCAGUACAACUUUCCCACCAGAGCCAUCCCGCGCCUCUCCCACGCUGAUCCCCGGGCAGAAGCGCUCAUCAAUAACGAGGAGCCGGUGGUACUAACGGACACAAACCUGGUGUAUCCAGCGCUAAAGUGGGACAUUGACUACCUCCAGGAGAACAUUGGGAAUGGGGAUUUCUCUGUUUACGCCUCAGAGAACCACAAAUUCCUCUACUACGACGAAAAGAAAAUGUCCAACAUGCAGAACUUUGUCCCAAAAUCCAGGAGGAUGGAGAUGAAAUUUAGCCAGUUUGUGGAGAAAUUGUACCAAACGGAGGAACAGGAGGAACAGGAAAGGGUGUACCUCCAGCAGACCCUGAAUGACACCGUCGGGAAGAAGAUUGUGGUGGAUUUCCUGGGUUUCAACUGGAACUGGAUCAACAAGCAGCAAGCCAAGAGGAACUGGGGCCAGCUGACAUCUAACCUGCUGCUGAUCGGCAUGGAGGGUAAUGUGACGCCUGCACAUUACGAUGAGCAGCAGAACUUCUUUGCACAAAUAAAAGGCCAUAAGAGAUGCCUUCUCUUCCCUCCAGACCAGUUUGAGUGUCUGUAUCCGUACCCUGUGCACCACCCCUGUGACCGACAGAGCCAGGUGGAUUUUGAAAACCCAGACUAUGAGAGGUUUCCUAAUUUUAAAAACAUAGUUGGUUAUGAAGCAGUUGUGGGCCCUGGUGAUGUCCUCUAUAUCCCGAUGUACUGGUGGCAUCACAUUGAAUCCUUGUUAAAUGGUGGGAUUACGAUCACUGUUAACUUCUGGUACAAAGGUGCGCCAACGCCUAAGAAGAUUGACUACCCGCUGAAGGCUCAUCAGAAGGUGGCCAUUAUGCGAAACAUAGAGAAGAUGCUGGGCGAGGCGCUCGGAGACCCUCAGGAGGUAGGACCUUUACUUAAUCUGAUGAUGAAGGGUCGUUAUGACCAGGACUUGAGCUAA